AUGGCUUCCAGGAAACGCAAAGCUCCCAGCAACCAGCCCGGAGGAGGCAAGCGCGCGUCCCGCUCCAAGCUCGCAAGAGACAAUGACAUCUCAACAAAUGAAGAGAAGGAAAUCAGCGAAGUCUUCGAAGACUACGCCAUUCAAAACGAAGAAUUCCCGGACGAGAAAGCCGGCAUGAUGCCCCGCCAAGACGUGCGCAGAGCGAUGAUUUCCCUUGGCGUGGGACCAGAUAACUCAGAGCAACUGGCAGAGAUCCUAGCAGCCAUAGAUCCCACACGUACUGGUUACGUCGCAUAUGGCCCAUUCUUGUCAGUUGUCGCGGCAAAGCUACGAUCGCGCUCCGAUCACGCUAUUGAAAGAGAGGUUAUUGAUGCCUAUAAACUCUUCACGCGCGGCUUGGAUGGUCCUAUUAAGAUGGGCCACUUGCGCAACCAUGCGCGAAAGCUGAAUAUGGAGGAGGAUGAUGAUUUGCUCAAAUCUAUGAUCUUGGUGGCGAAUGGAGGCGCCGGAGUAAAUGAGGGCGUUACUCUAGAGCAAUUUCAUGAUGUGAUGCAGCGCGCUGGUUUAUUCUAA